AAUUUUUGUCGUCGUCCUCUGUCCAUGGACCAUGGCUGCUGGCCCCCGCCUGUGGAAGGAAGGACGACGAUGAGCCAUCAAUCAGGUGGACUGGCACGCCUACCAAAGUACCAAGAGGGCGCCGGGGAGAAGCGGCUGCCUGGGGCCACCGCCCUUCCUCGACGUUUCUUUCUUUCCUUCCACGUCUCUCCACCUCCUCCUCCUCCUUUCUCUCUCAGUCUCUCUCCAGCCUCCGCCCGCUUCCUUCUUCUCCUGAGAGUCCUGUUGCUGUCUAUCUCCCCCGCGCGCUAUUCCUCCGCCUCGCGAUAGCAAUCCGCGCAUUGGACGUCGCCGCCUCACCGGACGGAGCCGGUCGAAAUGGAGGAGGCGGCGCCCGCAGGAACUAAUAAGGUGUACUACGACGGGUGCCCCGGCUGCGCCAUGGACCGGAGGAAGGAGAGCCGCGCCGGCGUCCCCUACAAGGAGCUGCUGUUCGUCGCCGCCGCCACCUUCGCAUCCGCUCUGCCAAUCACGUCCCUGUUCCCCUUCCUCUACUUCAUGAUAAGGGACCUGCGCGUCGCUGAGAGGGAGGAAGACAUUGGAUUCUACGCUGGUUUCCUCGGCGCAGCAUACAUGAUCGGCAGAGGCGUCGCGUCGGUCUUCUGGGGCGUGGUGGCGGACCGCGUUGGCCGGAAGCCCGUCAUCGCGUUCUCCGUCCUCUCGGUCGUGGUGUUCAACACCCUGUUCGGGCUGAGCGCCAAGUACUGGAUGGCUAUCGCUACGAGGUUUCUCCUGGGCGCCCUCAACGGCUUCCUUGCGCCAGCGAAGGCGUACUCCAUCGAGGUCUGCCGGCCUGAGCAGCAGGCUCUGGGUAUAUCGGUCGUAAGCACAGCGUGGGGGAUGGGCGUCAUAAUCGGCCCGGCCAUCGGUGGCUACCUCGCGCAGCCUGCCAAACAGUAUCCGCACCUGUUCCAUGAGAAAUCAGUGUUUGGAAGGUUCCCGUACCUGUUGCCAUGCCUGUGCAUCUCGUUCUUCGCCGCCUUGGUUGUCAUAAGCUGCGCAUGGCUCCCGGAGACCCUACACAAGCACAGAGGCCUGGAGAGAGCAGCAGCUGAAGUGGCAGAAGGCACGACAGCAGCAGCAGCAGCUCAAGAAAGCACCCCGGAGCCGGAGCCGGAGCCACCUAAGAGCAGCCUGCUCAGGAACCGGCCACUCAUGUCCUCCAUCGUCACGUACUGCGUCUUCUCCCUCCACGACACCGCGUACGUCGAGAUAUUUUCUCUGUGGACCGUGAGUGGCAGAGAUCACGGCGGCCUCAGCUUCGCGUCCAAGGACGUCGGCCAAGUCCUCACCGUCGCUGGCGCCAGUCUCCUGGUGUACCAAAUCUUCGCCUACCGUUGGGUCAACAAGAUCCUCGGCCCAGUCAACUCAACCCGAGUUUCGUCGGCGCUAUCCAUACCGAUAAUCGCCGCUUACCCCUUCAUGACGCGCUUGUCGGGAAUAAGGCUUGGUGUGCCUCUCUACGUCGCGGCGAUGCUCAAAAGCGUCCUCGCCAUCACCAGAGUCACCGGCACAUCGCUCCUGCAGAACAACGCUGUGGUGCCCACAGGAGCAGAGGGGCGCUGCGAACGGGAUAGCUACGACGGCGAUGUCUCUGUCCAAGGCGUUCGCUCCGGCCGUGGCCGGCAUCUUGUUCUCGUGGGCACAGAAGCGCCAGCAUGCCGCGUUCUUUCCAGGUGACCAGAUGGUGUUUCUGCUCCUGAAUCUGACGGAGGUCAUCGGGCUCGUGCUCACCUUCAAGCCUUUCCUCGCGGUUCCCCAGCAGUACAAACAGUGAAAGCGGUGCUGCGUGCGUGCGUGCUCUGCAUGGAUACUAUAGAGAGGUAGCUAGCUGCUAGCCAGUGUGUGUGGGCGAGAGCGAGACGAGGGAGAUGGACAUGUCAAGUAGAAGCAGAGGAUAUGAUGUCAUUAUACAUAUUUACUUUGCGAGAUAUGUAGUUCCUCAUGAGUCUUCGCUGUGCGGUUUUCUAAAAAAAAAUUGAGAUAAAGUUGGUCUCUCAAUUAUAUGGUGCAUUCCGGACAUCAUUGUUACAUGGAAAGUGUACUUCCUCUAA